UCGAUACCUUGUGAUAGAGAAAAUGUACGUCAUGUGAUUGUGGAUUCUUUUUUUUCGCACGAAGCAGUCACCUGUCGGCCGAGAAAAAUACAAUUACGCCUGCAAUUUGACAGACCAAAAAUCGUGCAAGAUGGCGCCCCAAAUACGCACAGUCGUAACGCAAACAUUUCUAUGGCUCUUCCUCGCCGCGGCCACGAUCCUCAUACUCUACUUUGUUAUGACUGGCAAGGGCGAACGCGUAAGCGUAGGUUGGUUCCUGACCACGUCCAGUCCGUACAUGUGGGCCUGUCUGGGCAUCGGAUUAUCUGUUUCCCUGUCUGUCGUUGGCGCUGCCCUUGGCAUUCACACCACGGGCACCAGCAUUGUGGGCGGUGGCGUGAAGGCGCCACGCAUUAAGACCAAGAAUUUGAUUUCGGUUAUUUUCUGUGAGGCUGUCGCCAUUUAUGGCCUCAUUACUGCCAUCGUGCUCUCUGGUCAGCUGGAGCAGUUCAAUAUGGAAAAUGCGCUCGCCAGCGAGACCGUGAUGAACACAAACUGGUUCUCGGGCUAUCUGAUUUUCGGUGCAGGCCUUGCCGUCGGCCUGGUCAACUUAUUCUGCGGUAUCGCGGUCGGUAUUGUUGGCUCCGGAGCAGCGCUUUCGGAUGCUGCUAACGCCGCACUGUUUGUCAAGAUUCUGAUUGUGGAGAUCUUCGGCUCGGCCAUUGGUCUCUUUGGUUUGAUUGUGGGCAUAUAUAUGACAUCCAAAGCUAAAAUGGGUGAUAAGGAUUAAGUGGCCUUUUUACAGUCUGUGUCACGCGCCCAAUCAAAAACAAAAACAAAUAGAUACUACAAAAACAAAAACAACAAUCAGUCAUCAAGCCAUUCCGACAUAUAAGACACAACAACAACGGUGUUCCAUCUUUUGGAAAUUACAAUCUCGAUAUACGCAGUUACUGUUUCAGACGUAACCCCUCGCCCCCUCUGCAGCGCUCACGACAACAUGGGACUUUAGUUACUUAUUAAGUUAUAAAGUUACAAAAA